CAGUAUAUGCGUAUAAGAAUACAGUCUAGACCGUGAGUGUAUAUUAACGAAAAAAUAAAUAAAUUUACCGCAAGAUAACUUGUGUUUUUUUCUUUUACUAUAAAACAUUGUGAUUAGAAAUUAAAAGGAAUUUAAAAAAAAUGAUUCUGUAUAAAGAAAAUCUGAUUGCUUAAUAUAGUAUGAAAUUAAAUUAUUAUGAAACACAUGAUGACAACUAUAUAGUCACCUAACCUCCAAAAGUCACAUGGAUGUGUAAUAAAUUUAAAAAUUGUAUAUAUAUAUAUCUAAUCCAUAUACAUAUAAUAAAUAAUGACAUUAAAAUGAUUGUAAACAUUGUUUAAAAUAGAUAAAUAUAAUUUUUAAAAUAUGGCGUGCCGACGAAUAUUAAAUUCAUUUAUUAAAACAAAUCGACCGAUUUGGUUUGCAAUUGGUUCAUCUUUCAUACAAUAUGAUCCGUCUAAAAAACCAAAUUCAGAGGAGAAAAUUAAUUUGGAACCUCCGGAUAAAAAGAAUUUAUCAUUUGAUUAUAUGAUGAAACAAUCAGCAAUUGAAUCUGUAAAUAGUGCUUCUCAAACGUUAACUGUCACUUAUAGUGCAAUAGAAGCAGUAAGUAAAGAAUACAGAAAAUUGCUAGCAAAUAUAAUUUCAUUAUUACAAGAAAGUUUAAUAAGAGAAGUCAACGAUGAACAUUGGGAUGUAAUUGUUCUAAUACGAGGAGAAAUGCAAAAAAAGAAACAAACAAUUAAUCGCCUCGUUGGAUAUGUUGAAUAUGUUCAAAAAAUGGCAGUGGCAACAACGGAAGUUAGUUUUUUGUCGGGAAUGGACAAUUUAUCAGCUACACUUUGUCAAAGGAUAGAUGAUGCAGUAAAUAAUAUACAAAAGGAAAUAGAACAAAAUCAAAUUCUCGAAGAUGAAUAUACAGUAAUUCAACAAAAAUGCAUUCUAAAAACUAAAGAUGAUCCAGAUGAAAUUCAAAUAGUGGAUCUAUCGAAAAGAAAAGAACCACCAUUAAAUUCAGAAGAAACUGAUUUUGUCGAAAUUACAACACCAGUAGACAUAUAAAUUAAGAAUUAAAAUUAAAUUAAUAUAUUAUUGUAAAAUUAAUAAAAAUAAA